AAGUACAUACCUAUAUAUAACUAUGAUGGAACUUCAAGAGGGCAUAUCAGAAUGCAGCGGCGUCCAAGACAUCUCGUUUCACAUAGAUAAUACCGUAUCAAUAAGUUCUGGAAUUCCUUUGUCGCCAUGGCUCCUCCUGCGGCAGAUGUCGAUGUAGAAUCCAACGCGGCAGUCCCGCAAGUCAAGAAGUCGGUCGACGGCGCUCUUCCCGUUCGGUUAUCGACGAGCUCCAAACUCGAUGGGCCUCUGAAGUACUCUGGGACCCUCGACUCGUACGAGCAGUUCGAUGUCACCAGUGUCAUCGGCCGGGAAUUCCCCAAGCUCCAGCUGAGCGAGAUCCUGCAUGACGACGCCAAGAUCCGUGACCUGGCUAUCCUGAUUUCCGAGCGAGGUGUUCUCUUCUUCCGCAACCAAGAUAUCAAUAUCGACGACCAAAAGCUCUUGGGUCAGCGGCUCGGGGAACUCACCGGGAAGCCCGACUCGUCAAAGCUCCACCGACACGCCCUCUCAAAUAGCAAGCGUGGCAUCGCCGUCGACGAGAACGGACGCCUAGACGACGAGGUGUCCGUCAUCUCCUCCGAGCAGAACCGCAAGUUCUACAAGGACCGGUUUACCGCAUUCUCGAAGAACAUUGCUAGCAGCGGCUGGCACGCGGAUAUCACGUUCGAGCACAUCCCUUCGGACUAUGCCAUUCUUAAGAUAGUCGAACCUCCCUCGGAUGUGGGCGGCGACACGCUCUGGGCCUCCGGUUACGAGGCCUACGACCGGCUGUCUCCGCCCAUCCAGAAGCUGGCAGAGAGCCUGACCGUCACCCACAAUCAGCCGGGCUUCGUCAAGGUCCAGAACGACUUCGGCGAAGAGCUCAUCGCAGAAGACCGCGGCUCUCCGGAGAACAAAGGUCUCGAUUUCAAGGCGGAACAUCCUCUCAUCCGCACCAACCCGGUGACGGGAUGGAAGAGCCUCUUCGGCGCGGCGGCGCAGGUCGAGGCCGGGUGGAUCAACGGGGUCACCGAGCGGGAGAGCGAGAUUCUCAAGAGAUACUUCUUCCAGAUAAUCGUCGAGAACCACGAUCUCCAGGUCCGUUUCCGGUGGAACAAGAAUGACCUCGCAAUUUGGGACAACCGCUCCGUAUUCCACACCGCUACCAACGACUACGUCGGAAAGCGCCAAGGCAACCGAGUGGUCUCGAUCGGUGAGAAGCCGUACUACGACCCGAACUCGAAGUCGCGCCGCGAGGCACUCGGGCUCGUAGGCGAGAAGUAGAGUAGGGGUCAAUUCGGGGGCAAAUCCAGCGCGCUGCAAUCCUUCUCAGACACCUGCGUGUGCGCUAGUUCAAGUCUGAAGGCGUCGAGUGCCUAUAGUGACGGGACUCGUCAACUGUGUCGUCCUGGUUUUGGGGGGUGGCAGGGAGAUUUAUUGGGCUAGAGUGGGGUGGUUCGGUUCUGGGGAAUCUCGUGGUGUUAUUUGACAGAUACCUGCACCACGGCGCCGAGCUACAAGUAAUCCCCGUUACCUGCCUACCUAGGUACAUAGGUGCCCACCCGAAUUAC